AUGAUUUUUGAACUUUGUGUAACGAUUGUGCUUAUCGGCCUCAUUGUAAAGGCGACGCAAAGACCAAAAAACUUUCCCCAAAGUCCGAGGGGUUUGCCUCUGGUAGGUUAUUUGCCUUUUUAUUCGUCAUGGGAUCCACAAUAUCCGCACAAGGCGAUGAAAAAGAUGGGCGAAGUCUACGGACCUGUGGUGGGUACGUAUGUGGGACCUACCCAGCCAAUAAUUUCCGUUUGCGGUCACGAAGCCAUAAAAGAGGCGAUGCUUAAUGACGAUCUCAGUGGCCGUCCUGAAUUAGCUAUCAUGAUGGCUAGAACAUUUGGAGAAGGACUAGGGAUUAUGUUUGUCAUGGGCCAAUUUUGGCAGGAACAGCGCCGGUUCACUUUAAGACAUCUCAGAGACUUGGGGUUCGGCAAAACUUCUAUUGAAGACCAGAUGAUGGGGGAGGUAGGAGAUCUGAUAAAAGAUAUAGAAAACAAAAGUCAAUCAGAUCCGAAAAAAAUUGCCGAUUUUAAAGGCAUCUUUCAAGUGUCGGGGAUUAACAUCCUAUGGGCUAUCAUAGCAGGCGAACGUUUUCAGGGUCACGAUCCCAAAUUUCAAGAGCUUCUAGGAGCUAAUGAGCUAUUUUUCCGGACAGGCAAGGUUUUUCAAAGCAUCUUUCCAAUUCCGGUAUUUCUUUUAAAACGUUUUCGCUUUAUGAGAGAAUUCAUUGGAAUGAAAGGCGAACUGAUGGAGCCAAUUCAAAAAUUCAUUAAAAAAACCAUUGAAGACCAUCGACAUAGAAACCUGUCCGACGAUGAAGCUUGCGAUUUCAUAGACGUUUACCUAAAGGAAAUGAAUAAACAAAAGGCCGAGAAUCCAUCAACAAAUUUCACUGGUAGGAUCUCAUUUUCGACAAUAAUAGACCUAUUCGGUGCAGGUGCCGAGUCAACAAGCGGCUCUAUCGGUUUUGCCCUAAUUCAUUUGAUUCGAGAUCAGGAAGUACAGCAAAAGAUGCAAAUGGAAUUGGACCAAGUCAGUGGAGAAUUUUUUCCUACACUUAAUCACAGAUCCAGCUUACCUUAUACUGAAGCAGUUCUGAUGGAAGCUCAACGUUGCAGCUCAAUUGCACCAUUAACUGUCCCUCAUUAUGCUGUCAAAGACACAAAGCUUCAAGGCUACGCAAUUCCAAAAGGAAGUCUGCUCAGCCUGAAUCUGUAUGCCGUUUUUCAAGAUUCCAAAUACUGGAAAGAUCCGGAAGUGUUCCGUCCGGAACGCCAUUUGAAUGACGAUGGCACUAAGGUAAUUAAAAGUGAGCAUUUCAAUCCAUUUGGCAUCGGUAAAAGAAUGUGCUUAGGAGAAUCUCUUGCAAAGAAUACCUAUUUUCUCUUCACAGCUGCAUUGAUCAAGAAGUUUCGAUUUGAGCCAGUACCAAACGAACCACUUCCGUCUCUAGACCCAACGAACGGGUUUACUUUGGGUUAUCAGGGCUUUAAAGCGGUCGUUACUCCUCGACCGUGA